CCACACAAACAAACACAUUUAUCUCACUCUUAAACAGAGAAUGUUCUCAUGAUCUUCAAGAUGUAAGUGCUCAGACUGGUGCUUGUCGCCUUGAGCAUUCUUGGGCAGUGGGUCUCCUAUCUGCCUCUAUAAGGACGCAGAGCUCCGCCUCGGAUGCUGCUGAUGUUUAUCUGAUUAUCGCGAUACAAGAGCUGCGUCUCCUUAAAGCGACAAUCCGGCUUAAUUAAUCAGACCGUCGGGAGAGGAGGAUAGAGUGUGUGUGAGAGAGAGAGGAUGCAGAUUAAGAGAAGGAGCAGCAGCAGCAACCUCCAGCCGCCAUCAUCUUCUCCUUGCUGGACGUCUCCGCUUCAUUUCACCGCAUCCAGGACCUGAUACCGGCUGAGAACUGACCCUGCAUGCCUGCAGAGAAAACCUCAGAGCCUCCCCUCCUCCUCCCGCCUCUCUUCUCCAUCGUACCAUACAUGAACUGCCGAUGCGUCACGCUCCUGCUUCCUGCGCCUUUUCUUCCGCAGAUGCGUCGCUUCCUCCUUAGCUCACGUUUAGCUUAUGCACCCGGAUCGUAAAACGGGGCCUCCUUUUUGCUCACUCCUGCUCACAUCUUGGACUCUCUUCUUUCAUGUUUUCUGUCAAAGGUGUUCAUCAUUCCGCUGUUUUCGCCUCUUUUUUCUCCAGCUUUUCGAAUCUCCGCGUCCCUCUCUGCCGCCCAUGCGUCUUCUCGGCCGCGCCACCGCAUCUGCUCCCCCUCUCCACAUGGACUCUGAAAUCUGCGUGAGGCACGCGUCAUUUUCGCGUCUACGCCCUCGUUCUGCUGCGGAUGCGGUGCACCUGGGUGCUCGCUGUCUCUUCGUCCUGGCCCGUCUCUGAUCCUCUGGUCCGGGGGGGCUGGUGCCCGCAGAGAGGCAGGAUGGUGCGGAUAGCCAGCGCGCUGGGGCUCGUCAUGUUCAGCGUGGCGCUGCUCAUCCUGUCGCUCAUCAGCUACGUGUCCAUCAAGAAGGACUUCCUGCUCAGCACCCCCAGAUACGGACCUAAUGGAGGAUCCAGGCUGUCCAUGUUCCAUGCGGGGUUUCGGUGAGUGCAGGCCAGGCUGCAGAGCUGCAGACAUCUGCUGAGUGUGGGUGUGCAUCAGAUCAGCUGAGGCUGUAUUUAUAGUCACUCCAGGUGCAGUCUUUACAUGCUGACAGGGUAGAAUUCAGGGAUGAUGCAGUGUUUAUGUUCCAGUACAACCUUCCUUUACCAUGUCUGUUCUGAAUCCAUACAAAUGAUGUUUCUGGUUGUUGUUUUUACUGGAUUUACAGCAAAAUCCCAAUAAUGCAUCAACUUUACCAGCUGCACCGGUCGGACUCUGAUGAAGGCCUCUCUGCUGUCUCGGGCCUGACAGUUCUCUGAUUGUAAUGUUGGGGUUUCAUAUAUCAUCCAUAUCAUUUGGUUAAUCAGUGUGAGAUUAUUUACAAGACAAACAACAUUACGCAAGUGUGAACCAUUAAUGCAGUGAAGGGCGUAUAAUAUGGGAUCACCCGUGCUCACAUACAGUGGACUUGAUCUGUGGUUGUCUGGUUUAAACUAUAGAAACCUCACAAACUGAGGAGACGGCUAGCAUACAGUGACACUCAGACAACAGUUCAGUUUCAAAUCUGUGCUGCCCUUAGGAUGGAUCUGACACAGUGUUUUUAGACAGAGGCUGCUGACAGAUGAAUCAGUGCUGACAUUUAAGUCAUCAUAACCUUACACCAAAAAUAGCAAAGUGGAAGCCAGGCUAGCUGUUUUCCCCGCCUCCAGUCUUUAUGCUAAGAGGAGUUAUCCAACUGCAGAAGUAACAUGUUGAUGUACUUGGACUAAUGCUUGAAAGGUUACUAUUCCCACCUUUCCUUUCUAGAGAUAAAUCCAUAUCCUCUUUAGCAUAUGCUCUUUAGAGAGCACCAAAUGUUCCUGAGUUGCUUACUCAUGUGUUCCUUACAGUGUGAAAGCUGCAGGGAGUGGUGGUGGGCAGGGAAGAUGAGUCUCUGGAAUCAGGACAUGGCAUCAGACGCACGCUAUAGAGGUCACACUGUGUGUGUCAACGUGAUGGGAAUUGUCAAGUUAGUACAACUAAAACUAGAAUUUUAAAAUAUGUGACCAAGUUAGCCAGACUAAAAGUACAAUUUCUCUAAGUCUGACAAACUGGAAGAGUUUCGGUGAGCAAUUUUCUCUUGGCGCAAACUGGCAUACACUCGUCUUCAGCCUUGGAAUCAAACUGCAUUAAUGUAAAUGUGGUUGUUUUUUUAGAUAUCACCAUAAACCCAAGAGAUUACAUGCAUCUAAUUUUUUACCAAAAGUAAAGCCCUGACUUCACUUGAAGUUUUUAUUUUGUAGGGGUGUUCACAGGAAAAAGUGGAGAUGGAAAUCUAGGCUGCUGGUUUUUAUAACUUCUGUGCAUCUGUGAAUACGACUUCUGCAUUUUGCACCACUGUUACCACAACAACUUCCUCCAGCUUAUCUCCCUCCUCAGACUGUCAUUUCAAAAGUUUUGCAACAAGUACUACUGCAGAAACGUUUAUGUUGAUUAUUAUUUUAUAUUUGUUAUGAGAUAUGAGAUAAUCCCACUCACUUUAGAUGUAUUUUGAGGAAAAAUCAGACAUAUUAAGGACAGUAUGAUCCCAACAUGUCACCUGUAUUUUGUCAAAAAUUAAUACUACAGUCUAAUGUCUGUAUUUUUUGCACUGCUUAUAGCCUGAAGCAUAAAGUCAUCUGGUAAGAUAAAGUCGGAUGAUUUAAUCUCAUUAAUUAACAAGGAAGGAGUUGCUAGAAAAACCUAGAAGACAGACAUCUCUGAGACACUUUCUUAAUACAGUUAAAGAUACCACCACUGCCUUUUCCAAUGAUCUUAUCUAAAAGUUUCAGCAAAACUUUGUUAUUGAUAUAUUCCAGCAAAAUGACUGCAGGUGUAUUAUAUCUUUUAGCUAAAUGUAGUAUAAUGCAUCAUACAGUUAUAUUGCACAGACUGUCUUUAAAGAUCAAAUAAAUUAAACAACAAUUCAAACCGACCAGCUGCAGAUGACAGUCAUCCGUGUUUUCCUUUAACAAGAAGGCAGCUUUGCCCUGAUGAACCGGUUUAAUGUAGAACAUGUCAGUGUGUUUUCUUGGUCAGUGUGUGUGUGUGUGUGUGUGUGUGUGUGUGUGUGUGUGUGUGUGUGUGUGUGUGUGUGUGUCAGCUGGAAGGAAAAUCAAACAUCUGUCACUUAAUCCCACAGCUGUGAACUAGAUCAGCUCAUCCCUUCUGUCUCUUCUUAAGUCCAUAUAUUGACCUAUCCCUACAGAGUUCCUUCAUGCCCAUUGACAAGUUUCUUCAUGUCUUCAUAGCUCAUUCAGCCAUCCAUUUAACAAGCCCCUUAUCCUACUUGCUGAUGAUGGUCCUGAUCUUAUACUUGUCUUAACCAAUAGUUCAGUAAACUAUGUGCCACUUUGCUGUGUUGUUGCCUGCAGACAUAAUUAGCAGCUUUAAGUCCUUUAAGGCUGUUUUAUGUUGACAGUAAAUCCAUAACCAAGGAGUAUUUCUCCUCAAUAAGAUCUGAUAAACAGUCUGAGGUCGGCUUUUAGUGUUUCAUUUUGGAUUUUACCAGUCCUGUGCUUUACAUCCUAUGUAGGAUGAUCGUCUCUGUUCAGCUUGCUGGGCACGUAGGGCAUAGAGAUGCUUCUGGGAAGGAGCUGGACACACUGUGGCACUUCUUGUGUAACAUGCAGCAUCGACUAGAAUGGGAACAUAUUUGCUGCACAGUACACAACACUGACAGAACACAAUGAACACUCAUACUGUGGGUGUGAAGCUUGACUGGCUGGACCCAUGCACAUGUACUGUAUUAUUUUCUCAUUAGUUACAUACAAGCAGGAGGAUCCAAAAGUCUUGGUUACAUUAAAUUACUUACAUGUUUGCAUUCUGCUGGGCACAGCUCAGUGACAGCUGAUGUAAAUGAACUGUAAGAGUUUAUCAGCUCUGAUGCCCAUCACAGAUCACCUAAACAUAACCAGAUUGGAUUGGAUGGCAGUUUGAUCAGAACUAGAGAUGUGAAUGGAGAAUCAAGGGAGUAACCAUGGCAGAGACCCACUGAGCAAUAGACGGCUAUUAGACCAUUUAGAUUCUGUAUAUUUUUAGAUGGAAUUUAGACGUUGCUCUUUAACCUAUUAUUCAGUAACUAUUUAUUUCAAAAGCAACUAUGAGUUGCAUAACUGACCUCCAAGUACUUACUUACUUAGACUUAGACUUAUUUCCUCCCGUUCCUAUUGGAACAUUGGGCGACGAGUUCCCCCUCCAUUUGCUCCGGUCCCUAGCGACCCUUCUUGCUCCAUGCCAGCCGACUCCAAUCUCGCUCAGGUCUUCCUUGGCUGUUUGUUUCCAUGUCUUCUUUGGCCUCCCUCCUUCUCUUGAGCAAUAUACAGUGUAGCAUAGAUAUAGCCAGCUAGUCUAAACUUGGACUAAAUUUAGACGUCUAAAAAACUGUCAUUUUUAGACUUGUGGUAGCCUGAUUUUAGACCAGUCGUCUAGGCUACAUUUAGACGGCUAUUAGACCUCUUUUAGACCAAAAAACGCUCAGUGGAAGAGAAGACAGGAACGGUUCAAAUCUCUGUUUUUCACUUCUUGAUAUUGUUGUGCUGACAACACCAGCUCUGAAAUAAAACUUCAUAUAAAAUCUACUCUCUCUGUGAGACCAGCAGGUUUAAAGAGAUCAACUCCAUGUGUUUCUGUGACACCUAGGAGCUUUUCUGGCCACCACCAGUGUAUUUUCAGAUGGUUAAGAUCCAGUCCCUCAAAAGCAAAGAACGUCUGCGGUGAUUAAUGCAUUUAUUUUAAUGAGGUAGUGUCUUUCUUGUUGUUAGCGGGUUGUGUUAGAUAGAGGCAGCCAUCUUUGUUCAGUUUGUUGACCAGUCAGAGGCCUUUUUUGUGAUCAUCUGACCUGUGAAGCCAGGCACUCCUUACUCAGCAGAGCAGCUUACUGUAUAAAUUUGUGGUGUUGACACAGAAAACCCGUAUAAGCCGACUUUUUCCCCCACAGAAAACCCACAGGGACCAGUGAGGGAGUUGUUAGAGACUUGGAUCAAUAAGCAGAAUCAAUAAUGGCAUGGGUAUCAAUAAAAUCCUAUCAACUCCUGCCCCUAAUAAGAACACCCCUGUUGAACUCUUUCAUUAUCUGAGCAGUGGAACAGAGAAACUGGGGUUUAGAGUUUGUCAACAUGGGUAGAAUCAGCCUGUUUAUAGAGAGAUGAGUGAUGUAGCCGAAACAUCGGCCUUUAAUAGGCGCUGACAUCUUGGACUGGAGAUUGUCUAGUUUGGCACAUGUCCCAUCUGUUAACAGGGAAUAGGGAUAGGCUCUUUGACCUUUGUUCCGGCCAGUCAGUUUGAGGACUUCCAGAUGUUUGGCUGAAAUUUUAGGAGCUGUGUUUCCAUCCAUCCUCUUUGCAUAAAUAGAUUUUGAUAAACCUCAACAGGACACCUUGGCAGUGCCUAUCUGAGGUACCAAAGUUUACUGUUUAUUUCCUCUAGUCCAAAAAGCAUGUCUACUGGCAGGAGGACAGCCCUCUGAUACUUUUCAAGAGGUCUAAGGUGGGCCUCUGCUGUUCAGCUUCAUGGAAAAUCACCCUGUAAAUCUUCGUUGUCUGACAUGCCCUGUCAGGUGUGAGUGUGGAGCUAAAACAGCCCCGUUCUGAUGAAGUUUCUGGAGGCCAGCGAGCCGUCCUUGACUCUGAUUUACUGUGCGAGAGCUGCCUUCAUUUUCAACCUGCCUGUAAUCAUUUUCCUCCUCGCCUGGCUGUCACCUCUGGCCAAGGUUGUGCUCAGUGUGAGUUAGACGUGAAGAAGAGGAGUGUUUUGGAGAGAAAACACUCUGAUGGUGGUGGACGGCUAUGAAAGAGUCCUGCUGUGUUUCUGGUGGUGAGAGUUUAUCUUCAGGAACAUUGUGUGAGGUAGUUUCAGCUGCGCAGAUUGUAGAAGAAGAAAGUGUUGCUCCAUCUGACAGUAAGUGCACUUGAGGAGCAACUCCAGGGCAGAGGAUACGAAAAGGAGAAUAUUCCGAGUCUUACAAUCCCUAUGACCCCUCGUUCCUUAGAGCCAAAGUAAGACCAUUCACAGGACUCUAAGGGUCAGAUUUUUAUGACUGGGAUGUGUUGGCUUCUUCGCUGUAUGGAUUUGCACCAUUGAUUCUUGCAGCUAGAGUUUGUUUUGCAGUAGUUCAGGAUAAAGUUGAGUUGUUAAGAACCGGAGCCAUAUUAGUCCAUAUAUAUAUAUAUAUAUAUAUAUAUAUAUAUAUAUAUAUAUAUAUAUAUGUGGGAUCUAGAAUACAAACAGAUACAAAGAGUCCUGGAGUUGCUUGAACAGAUUGCUUCAGCUCACGGCCACAAUACAGUUUAAUGGAUUUCCCUUUGGGGAUACAUAAAAUUCUUCUUAUCUCAUCUUAUCUCAUCUUGAGUUAUCUUAAUGUGUCUUAUCUUAUCUUGAGUGUCUUGAGCAAUUUCAUUCAGAGAAAUCCAGCCAAUUGCAGUAAGAAAAAGUCUGUUAAAUUGCAUAAGGAUGCAGAAGUUACAUCAUGUCCGCCUGCCAGUCAACUUGCCCAUGCCCCUACUUGUGCAAAAUUCUUGGUCGUUAUAUCCUCAAAAUGGGUAAGGCAUAAAAAUUUAACCCCAAUACAACGUGUACAAAUGUAGAAAUAAGUAAUUAGGCAGAAGUUUUUUUUGACCAGCCCAUGAACACAUUUAAUAUUGUGGUAAAGAUUUACAUUUUAAGAUGGGUUUAACUGGAGAUUUCUCGUCUUCUGGAGUGAGCCUCAAGUGGACAGUGGAGGAACUGCAGUGUUUUGCACUUCUGAGAAGUCGCCACGUGAGUAUUUGUAAAAAAAACUUGAAAUAAAUCAGUGUGCUGAUCAAAAGGUAAGAUGACUUAAAGACCUGAAUAGUCGGCAAAACAGCAAUGAGUUUGAGGGACAGCCUCUGAUCAUGAGGAACGGAGGCAAAAGGAGGUGCUAAAAAGUGCAGUUCCCUGAGUGUCCUCUUGAGGCAGUCUGUAGAAGUAGUCAGCCUGGUUUAAAAAAACUGAUUGGGGGUGUACAGGGUCAUUUUGUAGAUAUUGAGGAGAAGACGUUGAAUCUGGGGCAAGACUAAUUUGACUAAUAGGCAGGUACUGUACAGCUAUUCUUGUGAGGAGGCGAAAGGCCCGUCUCUGGUAGGAUGAAGAAGGGGAGAUUGAGUCAGCGUUUCCAAAAUAGACAUUACUGCCAAUGAGCUUCACAAAGAAAUGGGUGAUGUCACAGCCACUAUGUCCAUUUAUUUUACAGUCUAUUGUUGAGUCUGUGAAUUCUCCAAGAAAUAAACUUUUCUGAUGUAAAGUGCUGAAAUUUUCCAAACUGCAGCGUACACUUGCACUGACAAUAGUGUAAGGCUUUCUUACAAUUAGCCUAAUUACACGGUUGAUCAGUGAUUGAUAGCCCGGCUUUCAGGCAGUUGCACCACCCUGUAACAUGCACUAGCCAAGCUGAUUGCUAUCCUCUGUGAGUUGGUAUCGACAAGCACCUUAUGCAACCCUGUUCAGAAAAUAAACCAAUAAUGAGGUGUUGUUUCAGUUAGAAUGUCUUGUAUUGGUUGUAUAAGUAUUGGAAAUGCACCAAAACUCUGCAUGCCAGACCUUUACAAAGACUACCUCGUGUUUUUUAGCAUCAUUUGUAAUAAUAUAGAUAAGAAUGAGUUCAUUUUUGUAUCUUGUGUCACAUUCCUCUUCCUGCAGCGAGAGGCCACCUCGCAAACCCGACCUCAGGUGAAUACAAGUGAUGAGGUUUUAACUACAAAUUUUCCUUCCCUUUGUUUUUUGAUUUAUUUUUCUGGUAUGACGGUUUGAGCUUCACUUCUUUUUUUUUUCACUUUCUAGCAGUAAGCAAUGAAAACCAAACAGCUCGCUCUGAUCCGCUGAUCAUUUUCUGCUUUUAACUCUUUGUUUCACAUUUGCAGCAGCAGAAAUUUGGAUGUCUCUUUUUGAUGCCACCCGCAGCCUCUGCUUCAGCUGUUUUUUGGCAGCCUGGUCCAUGACUCUAAAUUUCCCCUGACACCUUUUGGAUGGUGCAGUGCUGGAUUUGAAGUGGCAUGAACCAACAAAUAAUAAAUACCGGGAGUUUAAAAUCAUUUCACAACAAAUAAUGUCACAUUGUGUCAUUAUUUCACUGUAUGUUUCCUGUAAACUCUUGCUUUAAUAGAAAAGCUCUAUUCAAAUGAGUAUUUCCUCCUUCUUAGCUUUUCCUCUUAGUACAAUAAUCUCAGUUACAAAAAAUUGUGGACACUGUGUAAAAUGUUAAUAUAUUAAGAAUUUGAUGGUUUGCAAAUCACGUGAAAAAAUGCCAAGACAAGAUAUCAAACGCUCAAACUGAUGGAUUUUAUUAUUAUUCCCAAUAUUUGCUCAUUUUAGAUUUCAAGAAAAGUGGGAACAGGGGCAGCAAAACAUUAGAUAAGUUGUUAAAAUUGAGGUAAGUUGUGUUGUCUGUAGUAACCCAGAGAGGCUCAGUACAUUAUGAAUAAUAAUUGGAAGACUCACCACUUUGUGGGUUAAUAGUUCAUCAACUUCAGAAUUAUGUUUAGCUAUUUAGAUUGUUGGAAUUUCAUCAUCCAGAUCCUGAGAAUCUGAAAAAUCUCUGUACAAAAUGGACAAAGCUAACAACCAAUAAUCGAUUGUAAUGAUCUCCGGGCCCUCAGAUGGCUCUUCAUUCAAUAUCAGAUACGUCACAUGUAACUCUAGAGAAGAAAUCACUGCUUGGACUCACAAUGAUAUCCAGAAACCAUUGUCUGUGGACACAGUUUGUUGUGGUGUCCACAAAUGGUUCAGACUGUACCAUGCAAAGAGGAAACCAUUUUUCAAUAUGAUCCAGAAACGCAGGCAACUUCUGGACUCAAGCCCGUUUAAGAUGGAUCAAGGCAAUAUGAAAGCCUUUCCUGUGAAUGAACCUAUUUCCUUUUGGAAAUUAUGGACUGUGUAAACUUCACAACUGUGAAAGUACCUCAGGUGCUGAACAAUAUAAACUGGUUUAGGAGUAAAAAAAAAGCAUGACUACCAUUAAAAACAUUUGGUGCAUCAUGAAACGAAAUAUAUAAUUUUUGAGCAGCUAAUAUUUUUCAUCUGUCAGUAUUUUUCUUUCCUGACUGUAGAAGCUGGUCUCCUCAGUUCCCAAAUGUCUAAGACUGUUAGAAAAAGGACCUCAUGGUUAACAUGCCCCUGUCCCUACUUUCUUGAAAUGUUUUGCUGGCAUCAAAUAUAAAAUAAGCAUAUAUUUCUUACAAAACAGUACAAUUGUUUCAGUCUUUGCACUACAUUGAAUUAGAUAUAGGGUUGAAUGGUUUGCAAAUCUUUGAAUACAAUCAUCACCAACGUUUUAUGCAGUAUCCCAACUCUUUGAAUUGGGGGAUGAAAGUUGUAGCAUCAACUGAGGAACCAUAGCCCAAAAAGAAGUUUCGAAAUCUUAAUCUUGGUUAUUAUCUUCUGCAUGCAAGAUAAUAACAUGUUUGCAUAAUGGCUGUCAGGAUCAGCAUGAGAAAGUGAUGGAAUAUAAUCAAAAAUUUGCAUGUCUGACAUAUUUACAAGUCCUGAUAAGAAUUAGAUCCUUCUUUCAAUACUCAAACUUGAGUAUUUGAAGUAUUGUUAUUGACUUAUUUGGAUUAGUGCUAUUUUCAUGCUGAUCUUCAAGAGCUUCACUACUUUGAUUGAGCUGGACUGACUUACAAAAUUUGCAGAUGCUUCAACAACACGAUAAAGCUGCUGGAGGUCUGACUGCCAUCAUAUCCAGGUCAAACAGUAUGGACACACCUUUUUAAGGUUUGCUCUUGGCUGGCCAGACCUCUGAGAGGUGGGGUUUUACAUUCAGGACAGUUUGAAAAUUAUUUGAAGGGCUGUUUUUCCUGUCUGAACUGUCCUGAUGCAGCAAACUCCACUGAUUUGGUCUGAACCAAGCUGGACGUCUCUGGAAAAUACUAUUUGACCAGUUGUUUCUGCCAUAGCAGAGUCGUGACCUGAAACCUUGACAUUUCAAUGUGCUGUCUAAAACAGAAGAUUUCUCAUACCUUGGUGUUGGUGUGGACACCUUUCGGGUCUAAAUGGCUGCAAGGGCAAAAUGUAUUAGUUGCUUUGGGGGUCGUUGCAGCUGUGAAAUGUGGUGUCAUGGCUGCAAUCUAAUCCUCCUGGGCUAACCGAGCCUAAUCACCCAACAAGCAAUGAAAAGUGCUUUUUCCAUUUCCACAAGGCUCACAUGAUUUUUCAGAAACAUGGAAGGGGAAAAGAAGUCGUACAUUAAAAUGUCAAGGUCUCCCUCCCUAAAUUAAGCACAUUGAAAAGAUAAGAAAUGGGACAAGGGUGUCACACGAUUUAUCUCUGGUUGACUCUUGUUUUAUUUACUUUGGUGUGUAGUUGAAAGAGUUGAGGCUUCUUGCACUGCAAAAAGUGUUCAUCUUAUUAAGAACAUCAACCUCCUGCUUUAUCUGAAAGUGAGAUCAACAUCUUAGUGUCCCCGUCUUUCUCACACAGUUUAAAUAAAUUACGUUAAAUGCAUCUUCUCUGGAAUGAGUCUAGUUUUAAACUGUAAAAGAGUUGCAUGCAAGUAGAAGACAUUUUUAGGAUGACUAAAAGUCACAGAUGUCCUGCUAAGACGGACAGAAUAUGUUCAACCUUACUGCUGUAUGUUGAUUUAUUCCUAAUAAGAGCCUUGGUAGUGACUGAAAGAUACAGUAUGUGUUAAUGAAACUAUCUGAAUCUUUUUUUGACUACUGCAGGGAUGGCUCCUUAAACACUUUCACAUUUCAAUGAACUUCUUUUAGAUGCAUAUUAAAGCAAAAAAUAAACAAACUAUUGGAAAUUUGGAUGCUUGAUUCUUUGUUUGAAAUUGUACUAGUUUGUGCUCUGUCAUGUGGGCCUUUUAUUUUUGCAGACACAACGUAACUACAAUGUUAGCAGACAUAAGCAGUCAUACGAUCUUUCCUAAAUCACUAAGUCAUUUCUAUUUCAAAAAAUUUAAAUGCAAGAUUUUCAAAACCUAGAAAAUGUAGAUGAAAAAUGAUCAUAAAAUUCUUCAAAUGAUUGAAUCAAACAUAUAACCAUUUGCAAGGGCUUGCACUUUAUCUCAAAUCUGGUGUCAAUUUUUAUAUCCAAAAAGUUCCUAGAGAGCUGAACUGCUCCUUUGAACAUUUCAGAGUGGAUGAAGCCGACCUCGUCCUGACACAGGAAUACCGAAUUAACAUCCAUGUCUCUAUCUAUGUCCCCCUCUUCCUCGUUUGUAUAGCUCUCAGUUGGCCAUGAAGUACCUGGAUCCAGCUUUCAGCCCUCUGACCAACUCCCUCACCGAGGAUCUGCAGAACUCCUCCAAAUGGAGGUUCAACAGCACCGCUUUCAUAAAGCUCAAGUAGGUGAUACACAAAUAUACAGUCAGUAACUUUUCUCUGUCCUUUUGUUGGCCUUGUUUCUACAUUUAACUUAGUUGCACUCAGUUUUGUGUCAGUCCAGAAGGAAAGUCUGCAGAUGUGGAGGUAUCUGCUCCUCUACCAUCCAUGACCCUUAAUCCGCAUGCAAUCCUGUUUAAUGCACAUAGAGAUAUAAGUGCAUUACAUUUGAGUCACUGUCAUCACAAUUAUUGUCUCUGAAGGAUUUCAGUGGAAAGCUGGUAUUUAAUGAGUUUGAAGUUCAUCAGAUCUGUUUCGUUUAAGCCUCUCACAGGAUUUUCUCUCAGCUCUCUGUUUGCCAUUACUGCAAUUACAUUGUGUUAUUAUGACCACUUUGCCAACUGUUGUGCCGAAAGAUAGCAGAGCUUGACUGACCAGUGUGACAUAGAAGCCCAUGGAAAACAUGCAUUUUGUUGUUUGCAAACAGUUUAGUGUACAGCACUUCUACUCUCCAAUGGAUUAAUUAAAAAAGGCUCAAUAUCUAAAUAAACAUGGGUACUGGGAUCAGGCUACCAGCACUUUGGUUCCCCAAAAUUUUUAAGGUAACUUUUUAAUGACUGCCUGUCAUCUUAGGAAAUGUUGGAAGUAACGUGGACACGUUAUCGGAAAUACCUGAUAUUUCUUGCAGCCAAAUGUUUUUUACAAUUUACCAGGUAAUCCGACCUCCUCACUCACUUACCUCCAGGCAAGCUCCUUUUUAUUUCGGUUUUGGUGAUUGUAAGAAAAGGUAUCAUAUAAUUUGGGGCACCCACACACCAGCAUAAUCAGUUUGUCCUCCAUUUUAGAUACCAGCGAACAACUGUUCAUUUUCAUACAUCACCCGGCGACCUUUGUGCUGAUUUGCUAUCACGAAGCGAACAUCUGCUCAAAGUUUAGGAAUUUUCAUCUCCUGCCCAAUUCGCGCCACCAGAGUUGCAUGAGCGUCCAAUCGGGUCUUUGCAUUGACUUACAAUGUAAUUCAGUCGCGCAAAUGAUUUUAUUCGUGCUUGGUGUGUGGAGACAGUGACACCAUGGGUCCUAUAAUAUGCCCAGUAUGGUGUGCAGUGCAAGUAUAAUUGUUAUUUUCCACAUCAUACACUUGCCGUUUCUGCACCCAGAACCCAUGUUGUGUAACCAGCAAGUAGACAUGCCCCCACCUUAGCACCCAUGGGUGUGCUGCUUUAAACAUUAGGUCUACACACUUUAAUUUAAAAAACUUAAAUUCAACCUCUUUGUAUCCCACACCUCUCUUAACAUCUUACUGUGUGCUGCCAAACCAGCAACAUGCAAUCCAUGCAGUCCAUGCACUUAAUACCAUGUGUUUCAGGUCACUUAGAGAAGGCUCUGUCAUGUUAAAAUUGUUUUGGUUGUGAAGUUGAUCAUGCUGCACUGCGGUAUGGAUAGCAGUCAUGAAUAACUGUUCUUUAUGUGAAAAUUUACAGCUGAGGUGCAGAUAACAACAAAAAUGUCCUUAUUUUCUUGCAGAGAGGAGAUCGCUCAGUAUAUUGACAUCCCUCACAACUUCUCGUUGACAAGAAACUCCGUCCGUAUUGGGCAGCUGAUGCAUUAUGACUACUCCAGCCAUAAGUACGUUUUCUCCAUUGGCGAGAACUUUCGCUCACUCCUCCCGGAGGUUUCGCCGAUCCUCAACAAACACUACAAUAGCUGUGCGGUGAUCGGAAACAGCGGCAUCCUCACUGGCUCCCGCUGCGGGCCCCAAAUCGAGAAGUUUGAUUUUGUCUUUCGCUGCAACUUCGCGCCAACAGAGGUUUUUAAAAAGGACGUUGGGCGGCGGACAAACAUGACAACUUUCAAUCCCAGUAUCCUGGAGAAAUACUACAACAAUCUACUGACUGUGCAGGACAGGAACAACUUCUUCCUGAGCCUGAAGAGGCUGGAUGGGGCCAUCCUGUGGAUCCCCGCGUUCUUCUUCCACACGUCAGCCACAGUGACGAGGACACUAGUUGACUUUUUCGUGGAACAUCGUGGUCAGCUGAAGGUCCAGCUGGCCUGGCCUGGAAACAUCAUGCAUUACAUCAAUAGGUAAGACACACCAUGAUGAAGUAAAUUAAAGAUAAAUUAGAGGGAAAACAUUCAAUUUUGGGCUCUUUUUUCAUGUUUUUUACAAACUAAAUAAACUGUUUGAAAAAUUUGUAAUACGUCAGAGAAGCAAUGUGGUGGCUAAUAGUUCAGAUUUUUGUCCCUUAUGGGCUCAGAUUGUUGGUUGGCAAUGAGACAGGAUUCAGAAAGGAUCCCAAUAGAGACAGACUUAUUAGUAAAGAUCAGAUUACUACUUCGAAUCGCCCAUUAUCUGGCCUUUCUUCUAAAUCACAGACUUUAACAUUUGUGUGAGAUUGAACUGCUGACCCGCUGACACUCAGGAUAUCAGCCUGAGCCUGUCAGCAAGAAGAAAAAUAAAACCGGACUGGAUGUACUUUUAUUUUGCACAAUGUACCUGAAAGAUUGUAUUCCAGAGGUUAGAGCUUUCAGCCAAAAUUAUUCCAAUAAAUUUUGUAAUCAGACAUUAUUAUUUCUGAAUCUUUACUCAGUGCACUUAAAGGGGCUCUUGAUAUCUUUAUUCAGUCUGCAGUGCAAUAGGAUCAAUGUGCAAAUAAGGUAGAUGAAAAUGCCAGACACGCCAGUCUUCAUCAUGCAUCGGUCAAGAGAUGCACGGGCUCAGCCAAAGGCUGUCGUAUUAAAAGAUUUCCUGAAUUAGAAUAGAUGCUAGGAGUGUGAGAAAUCAGACACAUGAUGACAAAUAAUGACAGAUUUGAUGGUUUAACUCUUAGAUUGUGGUUACAGUCCAAAGAGUAUCUUCUCAGCUGCACGCCUGAACCCCUAUUGGACUUUACUGAAAGUACAUAGGCCUAUUUAAAAUAUUUAUAAUUUAAAACCAGUACAGCCGUGAUGCUCCUCCAAACAAAUAAGAGGCAGUAAAAUCACUCCUAACAUACUCCACACUAUUAGAAAAUCUACCAAGAUAAUGUUAAGAACCAUAUAAAAACUGGCUCUGCUUUUUGUUAAAAAAAAGGAUGAUGAAGUCGAAAAUCAGCUUGAUAAAUGUGUAGUGUGUAAGUUUACUGAGAAAGUAUAAAUCUCUUAAAUUUUAACCAACCAGCUAGCCCGACAAAUAAGAGGCAGUAAAAUCACUCCUAACAUACUCCACACUAUUAGAAAAUCUACCAAGAUAAUGUUAAGAACCAUAUAAAAACUGGCUCUGCUUUUUGUUAAAAAAAAGGAUGAUGAAGUCGAAAAUCAGCUUGAUAAAUGUGUAGUGUGUAAGUUUACUGAGAAAGUAUAAAUCUCUUAAAUUUUAACCAACCAGCUAGCCCGACAAAACACCCAGAAAACCGUCAAAGUUGAGCGCAGUUUAUGUAAUAUGGCUUCACAUGUGAUCUGGGUGUCUGGAGGUAAAUAUGUCAAACUUGUUUGUGAAGAUCAGCAUCUUCAUGCUUAUGUUGGUUAAACAUUGCUCCGGUUGGUUACAUGCCAGUUUAACCGGACGUAGCCCUACAAACAACUUAAUCUCCAUUUUGUCGAUCUAAAUACUGGCUGAGCCUCCAGAUGCCAUCUGUCACUGUUCCACCGUCCCUGUCUGAGUGUAGGCUGAGUUCAACAGACAGAUCAACUCCUCACCUUACUAACUCCUCAAUGGAGCAUGUCUUACUUUGUAAAGGACGCAUUUUAAUUUGAUGAAGUUUGAACACAAACAUCAUGACACUGGAUGCUUUUGAUUUUAAGCAGGUAAUUAUAAAAGGCAACAAUAUUGCUUCUAUUUCAGGUAGCCAAACUAACAACAGUGGGAAACAUGGAAAAAAACAGCGUUAGCUUAAUUAGUCAGUAUGACACCACAGUCAUAUACUUGUUUACAUUUGAGUAGCAGAGCAUGCUAGACUUAUAAUAGAAGUGAAAACCAAACUAUAGCUCCAGCUAGUGGAGGGGGACAAUAGGACAGGAUAAACAGGUAUAUAUUAGCAACAUUUUGGGAUCACUGUGCAUUAAAUUUUGAUAAUUAAUUGAUCAGACUAGGAAUUGUGGUGCAGCCAAGCGAGAGAAAUGACAUAGAAUUGGUUGGCGUUUUAACCCGUGCAUCCCUAAAUUUGUAACUGAACUUCCUUUUGACAUGCAGUGAUGCCCCAAAUUCAUUCUGGUCCAUUUGCUGCAUCAAUAUGAUAAGAUACAGACAAAAUAUCAUAGGCUAGAUAUUUUGUCACUGACAUUUUUCAAACUGUCAGCCUGCCAUGAAAAAUAUAUAAAAGCACUGUCACUGUCUUUUUGGAUAUCCAAGCACUGUGUUCUGUCUGUCUGUCUGUCUGUUUGUCUGUCUGUCUGUCUGUCUGUCUGUCUCAAUCUGUUUAUCUCUGUUUAAAAUCUGCUGCGCUGUUUUUGCCCUGUAUGUGGAAACUAGCGUGCGGUAUUAUUGUAUUGAGCUGUGCUCCUAAUGGUAAGAAGAGAUUUAAGCUCCAAAGCCGGAUUAUAAAGAAACAGCUAUUUAGUGAAAGGUAUGGCACAGAGCUGUAACAGUGUGUGUGGAGAGGGAUUUAAGUCUGGUGCUUAGUGUUGUUAGCGGCAGAAUCGGCUGCUCGUACAGUAGCCUAAUCUUCACCAAUCCCAUUAAAACUACCUGCUCUGGAAGAAUUAUCAGGUUUAAGCAGCUCAGGUGGCUUUCAGCACCUCCAGGACGCUGGAAAUGCUUUUGUUGAGGCUCGUUUGGAGAGAUCUCCUCUGUGACUCUUUAGAGGACAAUGGCUGGAUGAACAUAUCAGCAGUAGGUGGAUUUGGUUUUGUUACACAUGUCCAUAAAUUCAUUGCUUUCAGUUAUAGUUUCUAAGGAAUAACUCUGAAUGACUUGAAGGAGUGAGUGGUCUAAGUAGGGUUUAAUGGGUCCUAUCUCGCUGGUGUAGACUCAGUCCCAUCUUAUGUUGAUGUCGAUUUUGAUGAUAAAGAAAAAAACAAAAGUCAUGGUCCAGACCGGCUCUUUGUUGUGAAUUGGUGCUGUAUAAAGAAAGUUUGAUUGAUUAAUUGAUUUAUUGGAUAACUGAAAUUUUAGGCUCAUCUUUUAAUCAAACAACUUGAUACUGAGGAUUUAAAAUGAUUUUGACCUUUUCUGUUGUUUCAUAAAGAUGAGAACAUGUUUAAGCCAGAUAAACCACACUCAGCAAAGAUCAUCUUCACGGAUCAUUACCGUAAUGAUCCAAAUAUAAGACGACCUUGCUUACAGUAAGAGCUCAAUUUUUUAGGAUUAGCUGCACUGAUUGAACUAUACUGUUUUCAUUUUUAAUACUUUUUCACGACCAAAUCUUGAUUAAAAAUAAACAUUUCUUUCAGUGCUACAUUUAAUUUACAAUUUAAUGUAAUUUGUUAUUGAAACCCUAUUAAAGAAAAAAAUCAAAAUAUUUUAAGUUUGUUUUUUUAAGUCAUUUUUAUUAGAUUAAAGCCAUUAUGAGAUUAAAUCCAUUUACAUUAUGUUAUAUUUUAAAAAUCUUUUUUUAAUAAAACAUUUUUUUUUAAUGGGUCUAAGUUAACUUCUUAUGUUUAAGUCUCCUCUUGUGUAAAAUUGUCUUUUCUAUUCAACCAACAGCUACUGGAAAACCAAACAGCUUUCCCCGAAGCGCCUGAGCACUGGCAUCCUGAUGUACACGCUGGCGUCCUCAAUGUGCAACCAGAUCCACCUGUAUGGCUUCUGGCCUUUUGGCUGGGACCCCAACACGGGGAAGGAGCUGCCGUACCACUACUACGAUAAGAAGGGCACAAAGUUCACCACCAAGUGGCAAGAGUCCCACCAGCUGCCCGCCGAGUUCAAACUGCUCUACAAGAUGCACAUGGACGGGAUGCUGAAGUUGUCCCUCUCACACUGCGCUUAGGCCUAAAACUGCAGCAAAUACACUUUUCCUCCCCUGAGGCGCUUCAACGGGUCAAACAAGUGAGGAUUCAUGAGGGCCACCAAAAAUUAAAUCUUUGCUCUAAGGUUGGGUUGGGCUCUUAAGCGGUCCUCAGACCCAUAAUCUUGUGCUCGGGACAACUGUUUGUACAAAUCGUAACAAAUGGAGAAUGUCAAGUCUGUUUAUUUUCUACCGCAGGAGAAGUGGACUCCAGGAAGUUUUAGAAAUGAAGGCUGCAGCUGAACUGUACUGGCAGCGCUGCGGUAUUUUCAACUUUGGAUUGUUUAAUGGUGGUCUAAACUCAUAUCACUCUUGGCACCACAGCUACAAAACAGCAGAUUCAAAACCAAUCCAAGUUCAGGACUGAAUGAAGGAGUCAGAGACCUGACACAGCAAAAAAAGGAGAACCUCAUUUGUGAGGUUUGCUGCAUUUCAGUGCAAUAUUAUUUAACAAAGAUUUAACAAAUUCACCUCUCAGGCUGUCAAUUACCAAGCUACCAUCUGGGGCAGAUGCUCAGUAUGGCUUCCAAGUUCUGUCUUCAUCAUGAUCAAGACAUGAUUGAUGUGAAGUGGUCUGUUUGGUUGGACUGAGGGGCCAAAGUACUUGGUUAGGUCGAGGAUAUCCUGUUGUGGUGCAGAUUGACUUUUUGUUUUGUGGAGGACUUCAGUUGUUUGACCCAUUCCUCAUCCAUCAUCAAGCUGACUGUUCUGUUUACACUGCUUCAAUUCUGUUGUCCAGGGCGACCGGAGCAGCCAUUUUAGUCUCUGAAAAGUAGAAUGUGUAAACACUUCAGAUGUUUGAAAGCCUGAAGCAUCACAUGAAGAUACUCCAGGAUAUCUUGGAGUGCAUCUGUGUGGGAUGCAGAAAAACAUGGUGGAACAUCGGUAUGAGACGACCGGGAGAUCACAAGGAAGAGCACAAACUGCUGGUACAUUCAGUACAUGAGAAAUGAAAGUAAACAGCAUACCUGUCUUUAGUCUUGAAAUCUUGCCUCAAAUUACUGUUUGCAUUAUUUCAGCAUCUUGUUCUGUCUGAAGCAGAAGCAGGUGUAGGUUUUGAAGGUACCUACAAAAAGGUUGGAGAAAGAAGAAUUCAUGAAUGGUCAGAAUACACGCACAUUUAUCUGAGCCCAGUGUAAGACACCUUGAAAGCUCUUCACCGACCCAUCCAUCAUCCAUCAGUCCAUCCAUCUCUCCAUGUAUUCAUCCAUCAUAUGGUGGGCCUUGGUUUCAUUUGAUAUCUGCCACUUUCUUUUUGGGCCUGCCUUCAACAGUCUGUUAAAAUUUUUCAUUUACAUACAGAUGAUUGUUAGAUUUAUGUAUUUCUGAAUAUCAAGACAGCAUAUUUAAAUAAGGACUCGUGGCCAAAGCCCCUUCCAAAAAUGAGUGCAUAUUUAGGAUUAACUAAACCACAGUCAUAUCAAAGUUGGAGUUGUUACACGGAUGAUUUUGCAGAUAUCUGAUGUGCUGUUCCAACUUAUCACAAUACUAAAGUAAAGUCUCUCCUACACUGGAGUCUAAAUCUUUUUUUUGUUGUUGUUGUCCGUUCUUGUCGUGACAAAUCAUCAACAGGAACCGACAAAAGAAAAUGCUUUUCAAACUUCUGCAAUACACAUGUUGCUAUCGAUAUCUUACCACAGAAUCAAGUGUAAAGAUCUUAGAAAAUCUCCUGUUUCAUACAGUUAUCAGAAACAGAGCAACAUUUUCAAUCUCUUGUGAUCAUAUCUGUGUCAAACUGAUGAAUGUAACUCGUUUAUUUGCUCUUUUUUUUAACUCUAGGUUGGUCUCCACCAAGGAGAAAAAUAUUUGCCAAAUGUUCCUCUUUCUUCACCAGCAAGUUGCCAAUAGUCCGCCCACCUUGUGGCGAAGGGCAGGAAUAAUGUGACAUAUGUUAGCUUGGGUUUAGAAUAACGGAUCAGUAUAGCCAUCCACUAUAUUAAUAUGAGCACAGUUACAGUCUGUACCAACACAAUAUUGACCGAGAAACAUGAGAUUGAACAACACAGCGGUCUUAUUUUUUCUAAUACAGGUUGGGCUGUUUGCUGUUUAUUUUUAAAUACCACUGAAGAAACACUACGAUUACAACCACAUCGCAAUAAAGGGCUGUUUCAGACUGGCCAUGUGAGAUCGCUACUGCUCCCGCCAUCAUGGUAUUCACGCAGGUUUUGACUAUAUUGACUUAAUUGGCCAAAUAAUGCCCAUUGAAAGACUUUCAGAAUAAGAGCACUGUGCAAAAAUAAGGGGAAACUACCCACAAUAAAACCUCAUCAGGGUUUUUCUUUGAAAAGCCUACUAAGAACAUUACUGUACUCUUUAUUUCACUCCUAAGACACAUCCUACAUAUUUAUAAUAAAUGUUGAUGGUACAAUUUAAAUACUCUGUUUGGGCUGGGAAUUGUUCACAGCUGGUAAAAACAGGCAAACUUUCUAUUCUUGAGAUUUACAGAUCAUGUAACGUCAGUAAUCCAAAUUUUAUCCAUGAACAUGCACUCCAAAAUGAAAAUAAAGCUCUCUUAAAGCCAUCACGUUCUGCUCAAGCAGCUAGUUUGAAAACAGGUUAAGAGCCUUUUUAGCGCCAAAGUUCACAAGACGAAAAGAGUAAAUGCAACAUGAAUGAAAGUCACUUCUACGCUUACUUUAGAUUAAGUAUAUUCAUACAUAUGUCCUUUUUUUACAUGAAGGUGAAACCCUAUUUGUUCAGAUGAUCUAUGAUGGUGAGCUGGCUGUAAAACCAGAACUAUGCAACUGAUCAGGAAGAUUCAUUUUGAGCUCACGUGGUGCCAUUUCUUUGUAUUACUGUUGCUUGUUUUUGAUGCUUUGUUUUUUUAUCACAUUAAAUUGUCAUGUAUACCGUAUGUUAGUUUUUAGCCUUAUCGUAUCGACCAGCUUUUAACUAAGGUGUACCAUUUACACACUGUAUUUUUCUUUAAUGUUGCAUCCACCAUAAAAUGUCACCUGAGACGCUGCCACACACCUUUGAGAGUCAGAUAUUUUCUUAACACACAGUCACCAGAUCUCAAUCCACCUUUGGGAUGUGGUGGAUAAGGGGAGAUUCGCAUCAUGGAUGUGCCGCCAACAAAUCUGCAGCAGUUGUGUGACGCUCUCAUGUUAUUAAAGACAAAAAUCUCUGAGGAAGGUUUGCAACACCUUGUUGAAAGAAUGAGAUGAAGAAAUAAGGCAGUUCUGAAGGCAAAAGGGGGUCCAACACGGUACAAGCAAGGUGUAUCUAAUGAAGUGGCCAAUGAGUGUAUAUUCACUUUAAUUUGUUAACAUAAAUACUGGCCCAUUUGGCUUUCCAUACAAUCAGUGUGUGUUGUUGUACAAUAGUUGUCAUUUUAAGAGUUAGAUUAGCAGUUGUUUUGUCUGUCUUUUGUGCUCGAGGGGAUCUCUGUGUGUUUUGUGGUGUUUCUUUUUUUACAUGUCCAUGAAUUAUGUGUCAUAUUCAUUUACCUCCUUCAGCAGACAUCAGAUGAUUGGUUAUAUGUCCCCCCCGUUUUCCUGUAAAACGCACAUUCUUCUCUGAGAAACCGUAUCACAAAGUACAGAUUGAAAUGAAGAUGGUUGGUUGUGGUUGUCGUUAAAUGGACAGUUCUUCAACAAGGUUAUAAUCAUUAUUAUUAGCAUUAUUAUACUGCUUUUUUGUUUUAAAAAGGUCUGUCAAACCACCAAGCCUUUAAGAAAAGUGUGAAUUCACUACAUGAAGAUAAGGUACAACUUCUAUGUAAUAAAUUCACAGCUGCAGGCACAGUUCUCUUGUUUAUGAGUAUGAGUUAACAUGUUUAAAAUAUGCUUUUUUAUGAAAACAUUACUCUUCUCUAAGUGUUUCUGAAUUAUGUGCUGUCAUAUGAACUGCAUUGUGUCAAUAAGACAACAAAAAGGAAAGGAAGUGGGACUUUAAUUGUAUCUGCAGCUGAAUUUCAGCUGGUUUUUGCCUCUUUUUGAUCUUAAGUCUAUUGCAGUUUUAUCAUGAUAUAUCUAUAACUUGAAAUGUGAUAUUUUCAGGACUUUGACAUACAGAUUGUUUGAAUUAAGGUUUAAUAAUAAGUAUAGUAAUGUUAUUUUUGACUGAAGCACAUUACAAGAGCUAAAAGGAUAUAACCAUACACUUAUUUUGUCAUUUAAAAAAAAAUAUAUAUAUCAAUAACUGUGGGGUAAAACAUUUUAAGAAUGUCAUUUUUUUGCAUUUUGAAUGGACAUGAAUGAGGCUGGCUCCAUCUACAAUAUCAAUUCUCCAGAUAUCACUGUAUGAGGGGGAAUAUAACCACAUUAUUAUAACAUGCACAAUAUGCUGUAGAAUAACAAAUAUGUUUUAUUCAUCCAAUACUUGAAGAGAAAUAUAUCUACUCUGUAUUUAUUUAAAUAUUUAGUGAUUAAAAUGAAUGACAUUAUCAAUUUGACAAAGUG